GCUCUUUACUUUCGCCAGAGAAAAAACUUCUAGCUUUUUGAGAAGCUAGUCUCGAAGUUGCAGUUGGUGCUAACAGAAGUAAACCAUGGUUCCAAUUUCCGAUUCAGCUUUGUAAGCUAAGCCGGCCAAAACGCCCACCAAUCAUCGCACUCACCGCUAUAAAACCUUCCUCUCACCUCUCCCCCGACCAUUUCAUCCUCCCCGUUUCUCCCCUCCUCCUCCAUCCCUCCGCUCCCUACAUCACCACAGGCCCCGGCAGCAAGAGCCAUGGAGAAACGGAGAAGAUGCUUGCCAUUAAUGGUGGCGGCGGCGUUCUUGAUGUCCACAGUGUCGUCGCCCGGCGUGGCGGCGCUGUCGCCGGACUACUACAAGGACAGCUGCCCCGACCUGGAGUCGAUCGUGCUGUACGAGGUGACCAAGAAGAAGAACGAGACGGUGGUCACCAUCCCGGCGACGCUCAGGCUCGUCUUCCACGACUGCAUGGUUGGGGGUUGUGACGCCUCAGUCCUAAUAGCGUCCCCCAACGACGAUGCCGAGAAGGACGCGUCCGACAACAUGUCCCUCGCCGGCGAUGGCUUUGACACCGUCAACCGAGUCAAGGCUGCCGUCGAGAAAAAGUGCCCCGGCGUGGUCUCCUGCGCCGACAUCAUCGCGCUCGCUGCCAGAGACGUCGUCUACCUGUCGCACGGCCCCCACUGGAGCGUCGAGCUCGGCCGGCUCGACGGCCUCGUCUCCAGCGCCAGCGAGGUCAAGGGCAAGCUGCCCGACCCAGACAUGCACGUCCAGGAGCUCGCCGCGUUGUUCCAGAAGAACGACCUGUCCAUGGUCGACCUGGUCGCGCUCUCGGGAGCGCACACCGUCGGCUUUGCGCAUUGUAGCCGCUUCACCGACAGGCUAUACAGCUACAGCAGCAGCACGCCGACGGACCCGUCCUACAACCAGGACUACGCGGAGCAGCUCAUGGAGGCGUGCCCGCGCAACGUCGGCCCGACCAUCGCCGUCAACAUGGACCCCAUUAGCCCCAUCGACUUUGACAACAAGUACUACUCCAACCUCGAAGAUGGGCUGGGGCUCUUCACCUCCGACCAGGUGCUGUACACCGACGAGGCGACACAGGGGAUAGUGAAGCAGUUCGCAGCGAAUCAGACGGCCUUCUUCGAUGCUUUCGUCAGCUCCAUGAUCAAGCUGGGGAGGGUAGGUGUGAAGACCGGAGAAGAUGGAGAGAUCAGAAGAGUCUGCACUGCCUUCAACCACUAGAGGGCUGCAGCAGCAAUUGUAAUUCAGAUUAUCUGAUGCUGUUUGGAGUUGAGAUACAUCCUUUUGCAUACAGUUGCCAAAAGUUGAAGGUGUUCUUUCAUCCUUUUUUUUAUUACUUUUUUGUGCUUAUUAUUUUUUGGGUGCAUUUUUGUACAGACUGAAGAGUGUAAUACCAUGGACAACUUGAGAAUUCUUACUUGAAAAGGUUAAUCUGAUGAUAGGGCUAAUAAAGGGAAAGAUAUUUUGGUUUAU